CGGUCCACUUUAUUUCCUCGUCACUCCGAAGAGCAAACCCGAAGUAGGAGAGAGAGACGAUGGAUCGCACUCUCCUUCUCCAUCCCCCUCGCGCCUACAAUGGCGCCCUCCUCAUCGCCUCCUCCCCAUACCCCCCCGAUCCCUUCGCACACCGCGCGCGGCGCCCCUUCUCCCCCUCCUCCUCCUCCUCCCCGUCGCCCCUCAAGAUCCAAAACCAGAUUUUGCCAAUGUCGCUUUCUCUAGAGGCAUCUAGCACAACAAGAUGCGAAGCAUCUUUAUCAAAUAUCUACAACACGGAUGCUGACAUAGUUGACUUGGAUUGGGAGAAUCUUGGAUUUGGACUGGUGCCAACUGAUUACAUGUAUAUGAUGAAAUGUUCUUCUGAUGGAAUAUUUACCAAAGGCGAGUUGCUGCGGUUCGGGCCUAUCGAGUUAAGCCCAUCUUCUGGAGUUUUAAAUUAUGGGCAGGGGUUGUUUGAAGGUCUAAAAGCGUAUAGGAAAGAAGAUGGGUCAGUUUUAUUAUUUCGCCCAGAGGAAAAUGCUUUGCGGAUGAAAUUGGGUGCAGAGCGGAUGUGUAUGCCCUCACCGACUGUUGAGCAAUUUGUUGAUGCUGUAAAGCUAACUGUGUUAGCAAAUAAGCGUUGGGUGCCUCCAACAGGUAAAGGUUCUUUGUAUAUUAGGCCGCUGCUUAUAGGAAGUGGUGUUGUGCUUAGUCUUACACCUGCUCCUGAACAUACUUUCCUUGUCUUUGUCUCUCCUGUUGGAAAUUAUUUCAAGGAGGGUUUAGCUCCAAUAAAUUUAGUAAUUGAAAAUGAAUUCCAUCGUGCCGCUCUUGGUGGAACUGGAGAUGUAAAAACUAUUGGAAAUUAUGCUCCGGUGCUGAAGGCACAAAAUAUAGCUAAGGAGAAAGGCUAUUCUGAUGUCUUAUAUUUGGAUUCUGUGCACAAAAAAUACCUGGAAGAAGUUUCUUCCUGUAAUGUAUUCAUUGUAAAGGAUAAUGUUAUUGCAACACCAGCAUUAAAAGGAACAAUAUUGCCUGGCAUUACACGGAAAAGUAUAAUUGAUGUUGCUCGGGGCCGAGGCUACCAGGUUGAGGAGCGCCUUGUAUCAGUCGAAGAGUUGCUUGAUGCUGAUGAAGUUUUUUGUACGGGAACAGCUGUUGUUGUAUCACCUGUGGGAAUAAUCACAUAUCUUGGAAAAAGGAUGGAUUAUGGGAACCAAGGAGUUGGUGUUGUGGCUCAACAACUCUAUUCUUCACUUACUAGUCUCCAGAUGGGUCUUGUGGAGGACACAAUGGGGUGGACACUGAAAUUAAAUUAGGAGUUGUAGUAAUUUUGCUUAAAAUAAAAAAGUAAAAAAGUUGUCUUGCCGACAUUAUUUACUUCGUAGUAACUUUUAUCUUGUGAAUAUGUGUAUAUAUGUUGCUUCAAAGUAAUGUGGGUGCUCUUUAAGUUUUAGUUA